UUGACAUCUAUAAAAAGCCUUGCUCCUUGGUGUUGCAUUUCAAGAAAGUGUAUCUGUCACACUGUGACCAAAUGAAAUCUUCAUUCUUUUCCGUAUUAUUUUUCUCUUUUGCUAUUCUCUGCUGCUCUGCACCUUUUGGAGCUGAAGCAUGGUUGAAGCCCAAAAUACCCAUCUCUUCUCUCAUCACAAAAACUCUUUUUGACUCAUUUUUCCUACACAAAGAUGACACUGCAUGCCCUGCAAAAGACUUCUACACCUACCACUCCUUCAUUCUUGCAUCAAAAUCCUUCCCUGCAUUUGGUACCACUGGUUGUUUAGCCACGCGCAAGCGUGAGAUUGCUGCGUUUCUCGCUCAGAUUUCCCAUGAAACCACCGGUGGGUGGGCCACCGCACCCGAUGGCCCAUUUGCUUGGGGCUUGUGCUUCAAGGAAGAAAUUAGUCCUCAGAGUAAUUACUGUGAUUCCACUAACACUCAAUGGCCAUGCUUCCCUGCAAAAAGUUACAAGGGAAGAGGACCGAUUCAACUUUCUUGGAACUACAACUAUGGACCGGCAGGGAAGGCGUUGGGAUUUGAUGGGUUGAGGAAUCCGGACAUCGUGGCGAACAAUUCCGUGAUAGCCUUCAAAACUGGGCUCUGGUUUUGGAUGACAGAGCAAAAGCCAAAACCUUCUUGCCACGACGUGAUGGUUGGGAAAUACCUGCCUACAGAAGCUGACAUAGCGGCUAAUCGAACAUCUGGUUAUGGCUUGGUCACUAACAUAAUCAACGGUAAACUUGAAUGUGGGAUUCCUGAUGAUGCAAGAGUCAAUGAUCGGAUUGGUUUUUUCCAAAGAUAUACAAAGCUGUUCAACGUCGACACUGGACCUAACUUGGAUUGUGCAUAUCAGCAACCCUUCUAACUCUCACGUUAUCUUUUUUUUUUUUUUUUUCCAUUGAUUUGUUUGUCUUGCAAGAAUUUAAUAAUGUAUUGAAAGAAAGCAUCUACAACCUCCUUCAUGGAAUUUUCCUA